AUGGGAGCUGCUUGUCCACAGCUGACCUGCAUGUACAACCUUCUGAGCAGUGACCUGUCCCAGAACUUCACCGACCUGCCCUCGGACAUGCUGCUCUACCUGAAGGCCAAAGACGUGGACCGGUCCAGCUGCAGGGCCUACUUCGCCGCGCUGGGCUCCGCCGACUUCUCUGUGGCCUCCGGGAUGCUGAACAUGGGCUCCAAGCUGUUCGAGGAGGCCAAGGCCUGCCUGGUGGUCCAGGGUAGGAGGCAGGAAUCCAAAGGGUAG